AUGGCUGCCUCCAAGCAAUACCGUCUCUUGUGCCUGGAGAACCCUCUCCUCGAUAUCCAGGCCUAUGGCAACGACGAGCUCCUUGCCAAGUAUGACCUCAAGGCUAACGAUGCCAUCCUGGCUGAGGACAAGCACAAGGCCAUCUACGAGGACCUGCUGAACAACUUCGAGGCCAAGCUCAUCGCCGGUGGUGCCGCCCAGAACACCGCCCGUGGCGCCCAGUACAUCCUCCCUGACAACAGCGUCGUCUAUCUCGGUGGUGUCGGCGACGACAAGUACGCCGCUAUCCUUAAGGACGCCGUCAAGCAGGCCGGCCUCCGUGUCGAGUACCGCGUCGAGCCCACCCAGCCCACCGGCCGCUGCGGUGUCGUUAUCACCGGCCACAACAGGAGUCUCUGCACCGACCUGGGCGCCGCCAACCACUACGACCUGGACCACCUGAAGAAGCCCGAGAUCUGGAGCCUUGUUGAGGGCGCCGAGGUGUACUAUGUUGGUGGUUACCACUUCACCGUCUCACCCCCGGCCAUCAUGGAGCUCGCCAAAGAGGCCGCGGCCAAGAACAAGAUCUUCAUCGUGUCCCUGUCCGCGCCUUUCAUCCCGCAAUUCUUCAAGGACCCCGUCGACGCCAGCGCUCCCUACUGGGACUACGUGAUUGGCAACGAGACCGAGGCGGCCACCUGGGCCGAGGUGCAUGGCCACGACACAAAGGACCUCAAGGAGAUCGCCAAGCUGAUGGCGAACCUGCCCAAGGAGAACUCCAAGCGUAAGCGUGUCGCCAUCAUCACCCACGGCACCGAGCCCACCGUCGUGGCUACCCAGGGCGAGGACAGCGUCAAGGAGUACCCUGUGCACCCGAUCAACAAGGAGCAGAUCGUCGACACCAACGGCGCCGGUGACGCAUUCGCAGGCGGUCUCACUGCAGGAAUCGUCGAGGGCAAGUCCCUCGAGGAGUCCAUCCAGCUGGGCCAGUGGCUGGCCAAGCUCAGCAUCCAGGAGCUGGGUCCUUCGUACCCCUUCCCCAAGCAGACUUACUCAGCUUAA